GCGCUGUUUCAUACAUUCAGUGAUGCUCCUACAGCCCACAGACAGAGCGAUACAGGGAGAUACUACAGUCCGUGGGACCUCACAUCCCAGUGACGUCCUAUCGUCAACCUGAACUUGUCAUCAUUUAAAAAGGAAGAAGCCUUUUCCAGAGGAUUUUUACAGGAUUUACUGUGGAGGCGACGGGCGGACGCGCAGCGCGCGGUGCUGGCAAAAAGCAAGCAUUUGAUCCAUCUCCUGGGGGAGUGGUGAGCUGCAGACUUGGUCACGUUCAAGGAACCGUUUGGUGGUUUAACGAGCUGAUGUAGACCAGCAGGAACAGCCCCUUCCAGCCCCUUUCUCCAUGCAGCUAGCGGUGGAGAAAUGUUCGCGCACGGACACAAAGUAUGGCAUUGAGCAAAGUGCAGAAAAGAUGGCGAAGAUGAAACAAUAAAGCCGAGUUGACUUCUUGUGGCAGUAGUUGGUUGCAUGUUUAAACCAGCUACAAUGACCAUGAAAGGCCUGUCCACCAGCCGCAGUCACCACGCAGUGACCUGUGACCCCUCUUAUGACUCUUUAACUUUGGGACCCUCGGACCGCCGGUCUUACUUCCUCAACCAAGGGGAAGCUCAGCCUGCUGACCACCCCUGCUACAACCAGCGGAACUUCUUCCAGUCGGAGUGCGGCACCUAUCCCGACCUGUCCAGCUGCACCUUCCCUCGUAGACAUUACAGCUCCAACCAUGAACUGAAGGAGGAGUGGGGCGCUCUGGUGCCUUACACAGGACCAGCAGGCAACAGUAAGGGAGGUGGAGGAAACAACAACCGCAUCCCCUCUAACUUGCUGGAGCAGUUUGAGGGUCAAGCCCCUCUGCAGCAUGAAGGUUACCACACACUGCAGUACAAGCGCACUGCCUCAGAGCACCAACGCAGUGACAGCCCUGGUCGAAUACGCCAUCUUGUUCAUUCUGUCCAGAAGCUCUUUACCAAGUCCCAUUCUCUGGAGGGGCCCUCAGGGUCUGGUGGAGGGGGGAGCGGGAGGAUGAAUGGUACCAAGUCCAGUUCUGAUGAGCCCCCCUCGUGCUCUGGCACCCUAAAGCACAGUAAGCGCAGCAAGAGCAAGGACCGCUCCAAGUCAGAGCCAAAGAUGCGCACAGCCAUAUCGGGCUACUGGAGCUCAGACGACACGCUGGACCGGGAGGUGUGUCUCUACCAUCAGCAACAGGGGGGCGGCAACGGAACUAUGCCUACAGGAGUCAUGACUAUGGGACGUCAUCCAGACAAAUCCCAGUCACAAUACUUCAUGGAGUCCUACAACACCAUCAGCUCCCAGUCCCUCAAAACUUCACGCAGCAACAACGACGUGAAGUGCUCCACAUGCUCGGGCAGCACCAGCGGGGGACUGCCGCUGGUGGGUCCUCUUGAUGGCCAAGUUCAGCUUAAAAAGAGCUUGUGGUCCUCUACUCUGACAGUGAGCAGAGCAAGAGAGGUGUACCAGAAGGCAUCAGUCAACCUCGAUAAAGCUCUUGUGAAAGCUGAGCCAGGACGCACGUGCCAUUUCCUUCAGGUACCUCAGGAUGAUUGGAGUGGUUUCUCUCCUCUGGGAAAGGAUGACGAGAUCCCAUGUCGGCGGAUGCGCAGUGGCAGCUACAUCAAGGCCAUGGCGGAGGAAGACAGCGGCGACUCGGACUGCAGUCCAAAACCCUCGCCCAAGGUCCAGGCGAGGCGCGCCAGCUACCUGAAGGCCACACAGCCAUCUCUAACAGAGAUGACCACACUCAAGAUUUCCACAGAGCACUCGCCCAAGCUGCAGAUCCGGAGUCACAGUUACCUGCGGGCGGUGAGUGAGGUUUCCAUCAAUAGGAGUCUGGACAGCUUGGACCCGGCUGGGCUGCUGGCCUCGCCAAAAUUUCGCUCCCGAAAUGAGAGCUACAUGAGAGCAAUGAGCACCAUCAGCCAGGUGAGUGAGGUGGAGGUGAACGGCCAGAUUGAGGCGGUCUGUGAGUCGGUGUUCAGUGAGAUGGAGUCCCAGGCGGUGGAUGCUCUGGACCUGCCCAUGCCGGGCUGCUUCCGCAUGCGCAGCCACAGCUACGUGCGUGCCAUCGAGAAAGGCUGCUCGCAGGAGGAGGAAGAGGGGCACGCUGCAGGGAGCAACAGGAGGAGCAACUCUCCACCACGCACCAACACCACUGUCAGAACCAUCCAGAGCAGCACAGUGUCAUCAUGCAUCACUACAUACAAAAAAACUCCCCCACCGGUCCCACCACGAACAACCCCCUCCAAGCCCUUCAUAUCCAUCACAGCCCAAAGCAGCACAGAGUCCGCGCAGGAUGCAUACAUGGAUGGGGGCUCCGGCCAGAGAACGGGAAUGACCUCCCAGCCGGGGCUGUCAAACUCCACAGAGAGCAUUGACAGCAUGAAAGCCCUGACAGCAGCCAUAGAGGCGGCUAAUGCUCAGGUCCACGGUCCUGCUAGCCAACACGUCACCAACAGCACCAUCACAAUCACUGCCACAGCUACCACGUCUGCCGUGGCACAUGUCGGCGCAGAUGCAAAGGCACAGAGAGAAGCGCUCCGCAAGUGCCUCUCCAUAGGGAUCCAGGUGGACCCAGAGGACGAAGGGCCUGCAGAGGAGCAGUCAAAAUUCCAGUCAAUUGGAAUUCAAGUAGAGGAUGAGCGAUGCCACCGUCGAAUGACGCGCUCCAACAGCGUAACCACAGCUGUGCAGGCGGACCUCGAUGACCCCGCCGAUGUUCCAGUGCUGCCUCCUCGUCAUUGUGCCACCAUGCCACGCCAGCACUCCCGAGAUGCCGCCACCCCCACUGUUAGCAUCCAGGGCUCCGGGAACCACUACCACGCUUGUGCCAUAGACGACCUCGGAGAGAUGGGCUUCAAUCCGUCCAUCCUGCCCCCUCCGGACCCCUGGAUGGACAGUCUACCCGAGCCAGACACAGACCCAUCGGACACCACUGUGCGAUCUGUGUGCCCCCGCGAUGGCCGCUGGUUCCUGAAGCUGCUGCAGGCCGAGACGGAGCGAAUGGAGGGCUGGUGCAGACAAAUGGAGCAAGACGAGACUGAGCACGAACUACCCGAUGAGAUCCUGGGGAAGAUCCGCAGUGCAGUGGGGAGCGCCCAGCUGCUGAUGUCCCAGAAGUUCCAGCAGUUCCGGGAGCUGUGUGAGGAGAAUCUGAACCCAAACGCACACCCGCGACCCGUCUCCCAGGACCUGGCGGGUUUCUGGGACAUGCUCCAGCUGUCCAUCGAGAACAUUAGCCUGAAGUUUGAUGAACUCCACCAACUCAAAGCCAACAACUGGAAACCUUUGACUCCCCCAGAAAUUCAGACUAUCUAUCAUCUUGUUCAGGAGAGAAAGAUGCCCCCUCCUUUGCCAAAGAAACCCCUGAAGAACCACCCGCCAUUGGCUAGGGACCGCUCACUGGAGAGCUCAGAGCGCCAGCGCCUGGAGGCUCGCAAACGGCUGCUAGCUGCCAAACGUGCCGCGUCGGUGCGUCAGAGCUCUACGACCGAGAGCGCAGACAGCAUUGAGAUCUAUAUCCCUGAAGCUCAAACCAGACUAUGAAACCCUCACGUCUACUACUCUGCACCGUCCCAUAAACGCAGUAGCACUGAAUGGUAAUGCUAGGGUGCUAACAUCAUCACUUUUUUUUGUUGUUGUUGUUGUUGCUAAAUUUCCAGAUUACUUAAUGGGGAACACCCACAAUGGACACUAUUUGAACAGUAAAUGUACAUUGAAAGUAUUUAUUGAACUAUUUAUUUAUAUAUGUAUCUCCACUUUCCAUCUCCCAGCUUUGAUGUAGCAGUCCCUCUUCCUCUUGUUCCUCCGUGUCAAAAGUAUCAAACAAUCCCCCUUUCUUUUAAGAGACCUGAUCAAUCAGGGUUGGCAGCGGUGCAUCACCCAAAGAACUUUUAUCUUGCAGGUUACUUUUGUUUGUUCUUUUAAGCAAGUACAUGGGGAUGUUGAAGAAAACGAUUUAUGUGUUACAAGAUGGUCUAAGCAAACAUCUCAAGAUAUUCAUUUCCUUCAGCGAAGUAGAGUCCCUCUGGAACAAGUUACAGCCCCCCCCCCAAAAAAAAGAGCAUUGUUGGAAAACACCAUAAGCUACGUUCACACUGAGCUUGUGUGGCGCCUUCAAGUCACAGUUGGAAGAGACUUGGUGCGGUAUGUCGAAGCGGUGCAAAUCUCGUGAAUCUUGCUCCUGGCUUUGCAUUUCACAGCUCUAUUCCAAUAUAUGAAAGAUUUGGUGUCACAGAAUUCUGGCCCGGCACAAACCGCAAUUAAUAAUGUCUCCCCCGUGAUUAAUUUUCUAACGGUUGGUACUUCCAUGAAUUAAAAGGGAUGCCACCCAUGCAACGCACAUUCAAUACCGGUUUUAUGGUACGUAGAUCCUAAAAACAGUCGUAGACGCUUCGGCAGCUACGUGGAAAUGCGUGAAAUGGAAAUGCGGAGACCUUAAAUUAAAUUUACACACAUUUACAUAGACUUUUCAUUGGAAGUGGUUGCUUAAACUCACGUUGCCGAGGGCGGUAUGAACGUAGCUUUCAGCUUUUUUUCCCCAACCGGUUGGCGCUUGGCGGAAGCCCGAAACGCGCGUUUACGUCAUUGGAAGCGGCCUCUUGAAUGCGCGAUUUUCGAGCCCGGUGUGAACGUAGCAUCAGACCUAAUCUGUUUCACAAAAGGAGGGUGUUUUUUUGUUUGUUUGUCUCAAUAGAGAUUUCAAAUGUGCUUCCUUCUAUUCCAGCUCCAGAAGGGGAUCUGGUUGUGAUUAACGACAAAGGUAGCAGAUACAACAAACUGUUAACAUCCUUCUAAUGUCAUUUUAAGAUCAGAUUAAAUGGUUUGUAAAAACGAGUUAUAAAGACACGAUCGCAUGCUGAAACAUAUUUUUGUCUUUUUUAACACGUUGAUUCCUUACAUUUUAAGGUCAAACUCCUAUGUGUAAUAGACUACGCUCAAAUAUUUGCUACGAUACCAGUAGCUGAACUAUAUUUUACUAUGUUAUUUAUAGCCAAGAGAUAUUUAUUGACAGUAAUGAGAAUACCGAACCGAAAAGGGACUAUUUCUCCUCACUGUGUGUGCACUAUCUCUGCCUCCAAAUGAAGCAAUUACAGAAGGUCGUACCGAAAAAUCCUGUUUCUAAUCUUUUAUAUUUGCGUUUAACUUAAUUAGAGGGAUCAAUGACUGUUUAUGGACAUUGUGAUUAUUCUAGUUAUGAUAAUGCACUGAAAACAAGGCCCUUAUACUGUGUCUGUGUUUUAUUUCUGGUUCUUCGGCAUUACUGGCACCUUAUUUUGUCUUUUCAGUUUCAGUGAUCAGCCUUAAUUUCUAAUAAGAUAGUUGAGCACAACAGCAGUCUCAGGGGAAGAAGUGUGUGUGCGCGCGUGUCUGACUUCAUGCAACUGUAUGUGAUGCUUUCAUAUAUAUAUAUAUAAAUGUAUAAAAUCCUUCCAUCAGGAUAAUCCAUGAUUCUAAAUUAAGGUACAUCUGUCCAUCAUUUAAAGGAUAAUUCUGUUGGACUUUCUUCAGCGUUACACAGUUUUUUUGUCUGCUGCUUGAAUGUGGAGACAAUCCGAAUCUGGUUUCUGCUCACGCUGAUUAUUUUGAUCACGGAACAGAAGAAUAGUUCAGUUUUCAGCGUUGAUCACACAAGCGUUUUGUGCCAUUCUGUUGGUAAGAAAAAGGUUUCUAACCUGACCUUUUUAUUAGCGGGAUGUUUGUUUGUUGAGGACUCGAUCAUGUCAAAGUACAAUUUUUGUUUUUUGUAUUUCCUUUAGCUGAUUGAUGAGAUUUUUUUUUAAAAAACAGAAGGUACGUUUAACGGUUCUUCACUUUUAAUAAAAUUUUAUGUAGACCAUUUUAGCAUUUUUAUGUUGACGCUUGUAGUUGCAUUAACUUAUCUGUUAAAGAAAUAUAGAUUCUCUAUUUAUGUUUAUGAUAUUGACAUAUCAACACAGCACUCCUGGUAUAGCAGGGAGUUCAAACCAGAAUGUUGGAUUGUGGACGCUGCGGCAAUCCUGCCAGUUCUGAAGCUUGUGAUUCAAGAGAAUUAAAAAAAUAAAAUUAACAUUUGUAUAUAAAUGAAUGUUUCCCUAUGUAUAUGUAGACUGAAAACACAAUUAAAUAACACAUUAUAUACAUUUUGUAGUUAAUGUUAUUACACUGUUGAUGUUAUGGCACGUGUAUGACCUCUUAUCAGCAUUAAACAGUCAUUGCCAUAA